GACAAAUCAAACAAGAUCACACAUGACUAUAUUUAGUCUUACACAUUGAGAGAAUUUGAUGAGUCAAAGUGCUUAGAUAAACAGUUACAAAAGUCAAAAGUGGACAAAAACUGGGGGACAGAUGGAGUAUAAUCUUAGACUAUCCAUCUCCAUUUUUUAAAGAUUUUGUUUGCAAAUUUUGUAUAACACCUUUAAAAUUGUUUAGUUUUGGAAGACCAAGAGCAUGUUGGCAGAGGCAUUGUCGCCGGGAAUCCGCCGGCGGUUCACAUCUAAGCUGGUUUCCCUCAAGCUCCUUCCCUUAUCAAUCCUCAUUUCAAAUUUUCAUAGCUUUCCCGGCCGGACCAUCGAAGAUUCUCCGGCGAUAAGCCGUGACCCCGCCGGCACGGAUCGCAGUCGGGACCCAGAGUCCAAUUCAAGCGCCACCGCUCUCGAAAUUCAGUCCAUUCUCAAGCUCCACACAGACAAAUCCAUCACCAGAUUGCACAUCUCCCUGAGCCAAAGCAAUUUCGCCUUGACGGAGGAAUUGGUCGUCGGCGUGCUUAAACGGCACCGCUCCGAUUGGAAACCGGCGUACGCUUUCUUCACCUGGCUGCUGGAAGGCCGCAAGAAUCGCACCGGGUACUCCCCCGGGACAGAUGUUUUCAACCAAAUCCUCGAUAUUCUCGGGAGAAUGAGGCGUUUUGACGAAGUGCACCAGGUGCUCGACGUAAUGUCUGAAAGAGGAAAUCUGUUCAGUGAAAGAACAUAUGAAAUCGUUGUUAACAGAUACGCUGCAGCUCACAAGAUUGAUGAAGCUGUCGAGUUUCUCUACAAGAGAAGAGAUUUCGGGUUAAAGAUCGAUCUGAUUGCUUUCCAAACCCUUCUUCUAUCUCUUUGCAGGUUCAAGCACGUGGCCGCGGCUGAAUUCUUGUACCAUAACAAGAAAAAGGAGUUUAAAGACGAAAUCAAAACAAGGAACAUAAUCCUGAACGGGUGGUGUUUCCUGGGCAGCUUGCGCGAGACGAAGCGGUUCUGGAACGACAUAGUGACCUCCAAGUGCAAACCGGACCGGUUCACGUACGGGAUAUUCAUCAACUCCCUGUGCAAAUCUGGGAAAAUCACCACAGCUGUGAAGCUGUUCCAGACAAUGUGGGAGAAAGGGUUCAAUCCGGACGUGGCUAUCUGCAACUCCAUCAUCGACGGGCUUUGCUUCAAGAAGAGGAUCCCGGAAGCUCUUGAGAUCUUCAGAGAUAUGAACGAUCGAGAAUGUUCCCCGAAUUCUGCAACUUAUAACUCUCUGAUCAAACACAUGUGUCACAUCAGGAGAAUGGAGAAGGCAUAUGAGCUCUUAUGCGAAAUGGAAGAAAAUGGCGACUCUUGUUCGCCCAAUGCUAGAACUUACGCGUAUUUCUUGAAGUCUGCCAAGAACAAAGAGGAAGUUACCAAGAUCUUGGAGAGAAUGGAGAAGAAAGGGUGUGAGAUGGACGAGGACACUUAUAACUUGGCGUUGAGGCUGUACAUGAACUGGGAUUGUUCCGAGAGUGUGAAAGCUACUUGGGACGAGAUGGAGAUGCGCGGGGUUGGACAUGAUCAACGAGCUUACACGAUCAUGGUUCACGGGCUGUAUGAGAAAGGAAAGUUGGAGGAUGCAUUGGGAUAUUUCAAGGAAAUGACGGCGAAAGGGAUGGUGCCUGAAUCUAGGACAAGAAUCUUAGUGGAUGCUAUGAACAUUACUUUGAAAGACAAAUCAGGUCUCCAGGAGAAGAAUCUUAGUGGAUGCUAUGAACGUAGGGGUAAAUCUUGAUUCGAAACAUUGAUAGUUCUUACCCCUCUUAAAUUGAAUCAGAAAUGUUCUUUUUGUAAAAUUAGAGCAAUUAAUGUCUGUACUUUUU